AUGUCUUCCAACUCUAUGAACCAAGCUGCCGUUGUCGCCGCUGACCACACCGCUCAAGCUCGCCGUCGCCUCAACGAAGCCAUCUCUCGCUGCCAGAAGGCAAACGCCAUGAGGAUCACGGACAUGCCUACCGCUACCGAGACGGCAGGCGUUGACUUUGCUCAUGAUGACUUUGAUGAGAUUCUGUGCAACCAGAUGCGCGACUAUGUCGUCGCGGCAGAGCAUGCCACCAAGGACUCCAUUGCUGCCAUCCGUCGCUACUACAACACCAAUGCGCCUUGCAUGUACUCUCUGCCACGCGACCGGGCCACUGAUGUCAAGACCGUCAAGCAAGAGUGCCGGGACAUGUACAAGUGCCACGACGCCCGUCUGAAGGACCUCCUCCUCGUCCUGGACGAUGUUUCAGACGAGAAGUGGGUGCAAAUCAAGGAUCACCACGCUCAGUUCAAGGACAAUUUCCUCCAGCGCCUUGAGGACCGCCGCUGCUUCUUCAUCCAGCGCUGGAAGCUUGUCCUCCGCCUCCAGGUGUGCCGUCGCCGCGUUACUUGCAACGCUGCCGAGGUCAAGUACGCUGGCAAUGGUUGUGAAUUCCUCCUCAACCAGGGCUGCCACCUCUAG